CAACAGUUCAAAUUAUGGUGUACGUGUUAGCAUUGAUUCAGAAGGAUGCAGAAAGCCCCAGCUAUUUCUUUGUCUUGGCGGAUUUCUCAGAUCAUAGCGAACCUACCAUAAAGUGGUCUACGGCUUUACGGUACGUUACGUAGCUCCAGUACCAUACUUUGAUCAUCGCGGAACUUUGUUAGGAGGCAGCGAUCGAUUUGACGAGGCAACACUUCUCACCACACAGAGAGAGCAGCAACACCUUUGUUGGCUGCUUUGGGUAGGCUACUAUCCUUCACGAUAGCUGAGUAGCCAAUUUAGCACUUGCAGACAACGAUAGAAUUGACCUUUGAAGAGCUUUGAACAGAGUUAUCUUUCAGAUCAGAGGAGAGGCGGUUCCUCUGCUGGAAAAGCCAUGUCAUCGGGCGGCAUGUAUCCGGAAAGCCCCUCCUUCAAGGAGGCUUUGAGACAAGCAAGGGAACGCGCUGCAGCCGUCAACCGUGCAAGGUCCCAGCAAACGUCCACGGCUCCUGACCCACCCGAGUCUGGAGCUCCUCGUGGCGCCAAAGCCGCCAACAAUAACAAGGCUAAGGAGCGUCGGGGCCUCAUUAGUGCGACAAAUGCAAGGUCCAAUCAGCAGCAACCCACACCCCCACAACCAGACCGUGUAUCCGAACGGACUGCCGCGGUGGCGGCGGCUCCUGCUGGAACACAACAGCAGCAGCAGCAACAACAAGCUGCAGCGGCGGCAGCACUCUAUCAUCACUUGCCAAUUCAGGGCCAAUUGGGUGCCAUGGCGGCGCAUGGGCGACCGCCGACGCUGUUUGAGAGGCUUCGCCUCAGGGAUUUGCAAAACCAAAUGGCACUGCGACAACAUGAGCAGGCGGCUCUUUACGGGGCAACUAUUUCGGGACGCCCUCCUCCUGGAGUUCAUUGGGGUGCUCAUGCACCAGGCGUACUCACGGCUGCAGCUGAGGAAAGGUGGAGGGUAGCACAAGGACUUCCCGGGGCGUUUGCAGCUGGAAGGGGUGGGUUGCACCCUUCGGUUGCCGCUCAUCCCCUCGGUGCACAAAUUCUGGCCAACCUUCAGCAGCAGGCACAACCUGCCGUUAUGCCGACAGAGGGAAUGGAAACGGAAGAAACUGAAACGAAUAAGUCUGAUACCUCUCCACCAGAUAAUGCAGGCAAAGAGGCAAGAGCUGCCGCCAAUCAUCCGGUGGCUGCCGUAGGAAGGGCUGCUGCGGCAGAUGCUACAGGCUCGUCUGCCUUGUUCGACUUGCUUGCAACGGCUGCAGAGGACACUCUCAAGCGAGAAGAGGAGAAAAAGAAGAUGGCCACCGGGGGCGAAGAUCCGGACGGAGAUGAUGGGCACAAACCCUCGGGUAGAGAGCACUCAGGGCACGGGGGUGACAAGAAGGGAGUUCCCAAGAUGAUUGCGGUUUCCACUACAACAGGAGGUGGAAAGAAUGCCAAACGAAAGCGGAAGGCUGCCAACGAACCUAAGAAUCCACUGGGGGCCUUUGUCUUCUACCAACGGAAGAUCAUGUGCGAAGUGUUUGAAGAGAAUCCAUGCAUUACCUUUGGUGAGGCGGCUGCUGAAUGCGGUAGACGUUGGCGAGGUUUGCCGGAUGAAGAGAAAGUGGAAUACAAGGAGAUGGCUGCCCGAGACAAGGCAAGGUACACCAGAGAACUGGCAACUUUCAAAAACAAAGGUGACGACGUUGUCGAGGUCCCCGUGAAAGCCACCAAGCCACCUGUGAAGAAGAAGAAAACUGGAGGCGAUGGCGACGCCAAGCGCGCGAAAAGUGCUUUUCAGUUCUACAAGGCUGAAGAGAUGGCGAUGGUCAAGAAAGAAUUUCCUAAUGUAACAAAUGCGGAAGCCUCUACUGAAUGCUCGGCGAGAUAUAAGGCGCUGACAAAGAUUCAGAAGGAGAAAUAUGAACGACUGGCUGCCGCAGAUAGGGCGCGCUGUAAGAAGGUAAUCGUUGAACCGGGUGAACAGGUUGCCAAAGAUCCCGAUGUCACAGUGAAGUCGAGUGAAGGAAUUGAAGCCGCUCAAGCUCCCGAAGGUCCCCCAGCUGGCUUGAACGCAGAAGAAGACCCGGAGAAAAAGGAGAAGGUAACCAAGCCAAAGCCUGCUCCUCGGGUGCGGGCAAAACCGACAAUCAAGUACACUGACAUGGUUGAUCCCAACAAGUUUUAUGUGGAAGAGCACGCAUGGAGAUAUCACAAUCCUCCAAUGGCUCCUCCAAAAGAAAACGACAAGCAUGAGAACAUUUUUGAGGCAGUCAGCCCCGAGAACUUGCGCCCAUUGCCUCCUCCACCACCCCCUCCGACGAAUUUCCCAAACACCGGUUACUGCACCUGGUCAUAUGACUACGACACGAGGGUUCUUCAUGCAGACUUCCGCAGGAGUGACGGGCCACCUGUCGUAACUUACGAAGAUGAGAAGUACAUGUUGAAUAUGUUUGAAAGGGACGAUGUGACGGUUGUCUCGGAAGGUCUGGUUUGCGGACUGGACGCGCACAAAUGGAAUCUCGAUUAUCUGAGUAGAGUGGCAGGUGACGAGUAUUACCAUCGCUUUCGUAGGUUCGAUAAAGAGGACCCAGAAAAAAUGCCUUCAAAGCCGAAGAAGAAGCUUAGUCCCAAGGAUCCAGGCGAGGGUGAAGAAACAGAAGAUUUCGAGGGGGGUGCUCAUGCGGAAAUUGACAGGUGCCUUUCAAUGAAGGUUUCCGACUUUGUUCGCUACGUUCGUCAGCGUGGGACAGCGCUGGCAGUGCUGGAUGCUGUGACAUCCUCGGAGGAGAUUGAAGAAGACGGUCUAUGCCAUUUUUCUUGGUCUGAUCACAACGGGGAAGAGCAGUCAGUUGAUGUGUCAAAAACGGUUUUGUACAUGAUCGAUUAUGACAUGGCGAAACUCCUGCCCACUCUCUACGAAGACUUCAAAGCUUGCUAUGCCCUCGGAGAUGCAGUGCUUCCUGGUGGUUCCCACUGCAUGAUGAAUUGCGUGAACCAAAAUGGAAGGCCUGAUCUCGGGCCAAAUAUCUAUAUUACUCCACCUGGUUCUUUCACUCACUUUCAUCAGGACGGGCAUGGAACUGUGGACUCGGGGCAUUACUGCCUUAGUGGGUUCAACGAGGUAGUCAUGACACGGAGAUUGACUGAACGCGCUAAGCGCCAUGCCUUGAACCUCCUUACUGGUAGCUACAAGAGAAAAAGAGGGCCUUCCUUUGAAGGGCUGUACGAUCUUCCCCACGCAGACUUGCUGGGCGAAAAGCCGAAGUGGCCGGACAAUGAGGCGGUGACAAAGUGCAACGAAAUGAACUACUGUGUCUCGAGGUUUAUCUUAAAGGAAGGGCAGUGUGUCCACAUCAACAAAGGUCGUUUACAUGCUUUCAGAAAGAUGACUAAUGAGCGGCUUCCUUACUCAGUCCCCGCGGAUCCUUCUGAUGACUGCCACGCAUUUCUGAGGGCCAAUCUCAAGAUGCCUGGCACAAAUGAAACCGUUGUUGGCCCCGGAAAGCCCGAAAUUCUUUGCAUCAGCGUUGCGUGGGAUUGGAUGUUCAGGGGCGUGACUGCCAAGGGAAUCAACCGCGAAGUGGUUUCUUCUCUUGAAUGUGCAGCCCUUAUUCGAAAACACGGUGCCAUGUCCUUGGCUAUACCAGAACUUUCGCUCAUUCAAAUGGCUCGCACGCUGGCUCCGAAAGCAGAGGAGAAAAGCUCGCUUCCUGGGGCGUAUCGAGAGUCUUUGUUUGGCUUUGACGACCACUACAAGAAGAGCAGGGCAGCGUUCACACCUGAUCCUUCGGAAAUUUGCAGGGGCAUAUUCCCUGGUCUUGAGUAUGUCGUGAAGCAGCACAAUGAUGCGAUUGAGAUAGCAGAAAGCCUGAAAAGCAAAUCAUCCGAAAGGCACAAACGUGUAUCGAUCGCCAAGCGGCCCAAUGCAUGGGAGAAUCCAGUAACACAUCCUCUCGACCCCUACGGCAAUAGUGACUUCUUCUGCAAACUCUGUAACAAAGAGUUGAGCAACGUUUACUUACACUGCGAUGGGUGUGAGCUUCUGCUCAGCAAGGACUUUAACAUCUGCAUUGAGUGUCACCAAGAGAGACGCUAUGCCACAUCGGUUCAAAUGCAUCCGUUGAACAAUAAGCGGCACAGCACAAUCAAUCAUAUCGGAAACAUGACUUUGGAUCGUGCAAGCCGGUGCCCGUGCAAGAAUGGUCCAGUUUGCCGACAUUGCAACUACUGUGCUGGAUGUAGCUGUCGUUGUCACACUUGGUUUACCAUGCAUCAUCGUUUCUUCGGGAAGGAAGAUGAGCUCAUGCUUUUGCACAGGGUUAAGCGUGUGGUUGGAAAAGAAGACUUGGAAGCAGCCGCAGAGGCUGAGAAACGAUUGUCGAUGGCCAUCAGAGGUCGGUUCAAUGAAGCGACCCCCGCGCCCCUUCUCGGGCUACACCUUCACAGUAUGGAUGCUAUGGUGGAUCCUCAAUUUCAAGAUGCGAAUGAGUUAGACGAUCCGGAAGAGGAGCGCAGUCACGAUAGUGACAUGGAACAAGACCCGCCAGCACCAGUCAGAAAGAGCCGUAGAAUGUCACACGACGAAGGCGCGCCCGUGCCGAUGGUAACAUCGUCCCAAGAAGGAGACGAGCCAGAAAUGGGCGGAGUCGUUAAUGAUGGUGUGCAAAUUGAUGUACAGGAUAUGACGGUCACGAUUCGUUGCCAACCUGGAAUGUUCUCCUCCACGGGACCAGGCAUUGAUCGUAUCGCAACUUCUUCGGAUGACGAAGAUGACUCUGUUGAGGAGACCCAUCGAAUUGAUCGCAACCUUAACCAGUAUGACUCUGCUAGCACGGAAACGGAUUCUGCUGCUGGAGGUCGCUUCAAGGACGCAGACGAUAGUGACGACGAGACCGCGAAUGAGACGGAGAACAACGGAAGUAAUGGCGCUCAGAGGACCAACACGGGACGAUGGACCGACGAAGAGCGCGAAAGACUCAGGGUUGCGUUGCUCCGUGAACCAGACAUGGAUUCUGUUGUCAGGUAUGUCGGGACGCGCCAGUUUCCUGCGAUCCGAUCUUACGCCCCGAGGACGUUUCCAAAGCUUUUCGACCAGUUGCGUGAAAGAAUGGAAAUGAAUAAGUCUAGGAGCAAAGGUAGGAGAAAGUCUAGGAGUCCCCAUGCUGUUAAAGCGGAACAUUCGUCGCGGCAAACUCGAAGGUCGCAAGAUCCUCCCGAGUCUGGAGAUGCAAAACCCACGACCCGUCGAAGCUCAAGACAUGGCAGUCGUAGGCACAGUGAACCUUCGAAGGAAGAAGCUUCCCACAACUCAGAUGAUGACGACGACGACGACGAUGUUACGGAUGAAGACAGUUCCACCGAACCGCAAAGUGGUGAUGAAUACAACAGAGUUGCGCAACCAGGAACAGCGCGUCUCAAAGCAGGUAAGAACCCCAUUCUGCAGGCAAGUCAGUCUACGCCAGGACGAAGCAGGCGAGCAACUCUGGGUCUAUCCGGAGGGCGGAAACGACGCAACGGGUCGUCCGGUCUUACACGGCAAGUGGACCCACCCGUCGAAGGAGACAACUCGGAAACCAACUCUUCGAUGGAGCUUGCCUCCCCUGCUCCCAAGCGUGCAAGGGUUGAAAAGCCUGAUGAGGCAGUAGCUGAAGAAGCCAAGAUGGGCAGUGCAGACUUAAAAGACGGAAAUUCAAAGAAUGCCGACACGGAUGCGGCUGCUGCAAUGAUGGCAAUGCUUGAGGAUGCAAAGGAUCCUGAGGCGGGAAAAGCAAGUGAUUCCGAAUCAAAGCUGAAAUCGACAUAUGGAGAGCCCGAGGCAGGAAAAGUCGAAGCAAAGGAUGCACCCACUGGCGAAGAUGUCAAGGAUGCAAAAGCUGAUGAUGCCAUGGAAGUUGAGGAUGAAGUGACAGCAAAGGAGGCAACAAACGUCCACGAGACCAUGCCGGAUGUCACAAGAGUCACCGAAACAAAGGAAGACGAAUCUAAAAAGGAAGAGUUGCCAGCGAAGGAGGACUCAGAUGUCGAAAAAAGCGAAGACGUGCCCAAGAAGGAAGAACGGGAAGGCACAAAGGAAGGCCGUGACAAAGCAGACGACGAGCCAGCGAAGAAAGAUAGAGUCCACAGCGAAAAGGAAGCCGGUGACAAAGCAGAUGAGCCAGCGAAGAAAGCUAAAGCCGACUCGGCGGAAGAGACUGGCCAAGAGGAAGCCGGUGACAAGACGCAGGAGCCGGAGAUUAAAACCAAGGGCGGCAACAAAGUAGAGGAAUCGGUAUUUGAGGAUAAAGGAGACAAGGAAAGGAAAGCGGAGGAGCCAGUGAAGAAGGAUGGAGACGACAAGGAAAAGGAAACUGGCGUCAAGGCGGAGGAGCCUGUGAAGAAGGAUGAAGGCGACAAGGAAAAGGGAGCUGGUGUCAAGGUGGAGCCAAUGAAGAAGGAUGAAGGCGAAAAGGAAACUGGUGUCAAGGUGGAAGAGCCAAUGAAGAAGCAGGAAGGCGAAAAGGAAACUGGUGAAAAGGCGGUGGAGCCAAUGAAGAAGCAGGAAGGCGAAAAGGAAACUGGUGAAAAGGCGGUGGAGCCAACAAAGAAGGAUGAAGGCAACAAGGAAAAGGAAACUGGUGGAAAGGUGGAGGAGCCAACAAAAAAGCAGGAAGCCAGUAACAAAGCAGAGGAGCCAGCGAAGAAAGACACAGCUGACUACAACAAGGAAGCUGGAAAGGACAAAUCAAAGGUGGUGGAAAAAUCCUUGAAGGACGCAAAAGAAGAAUCAAAGGGCGAAGAGAAGAAAGAUGACACAGUGAUGGCCAUGGAAGGUGACAAACCAAAGGUUGCAACGGAUGAGACUCCAAUGGAUGAGAAAAAUGUAGAAGAAAAGGCGGGUGGUGCCAAGGAUGUGGCAGCGAAGGAAACAACAAGUCAAGAAACAAAGGUGGACACCAAAGCGGAGGAGAAAAAGGAGGAAGCAACGAAGGACGUGGAAGCUGAGAAGCCUAAAACAGAGGGUGUGAAAGCGGAGGAGGGAAAGAAAGCUGACGCCGUGUAA